AUGGGUGUCAAAGCAAAGCCUAACGCGUCCGUAUCCAAAGGUGUCUCUGCUUCCAGGAGGAACAGCAAGAGCUCGAAGUACUUCGGGAAGAACGGGAAGAAGACGGAGGGGGACGAAGACGAGGAACCGUCGGAAUCGAGCUCGGAGGCAGACGGAGAGGACGAUUUCGAGGACGCAUCGGAAGUCGAGUCUCUAGACAGUGACGCUCUCGACGAGGAGGACGAGAACGAGUUCGAGCCUUCGGGACGGAGCGGGACGAAGCGGAAACGUGCCGCGUCGUCUCCGAAGAAGAGCGCGUCGAAGAAGACCGGGAGAACCAAGGCAGGUGCGAAAGCUUCACCAAAGAAGAAGGGAGCUAUCUCCGCGCGGAAGAAGCGGAAGACAGCGGAGGAGAGCGAGGAUGAGGAGAGUGAGUUGGAGUUGGAGGAGGGGCAACAGGUCGUCGGGGUUGUCGUGCAAGCCCCGAAGACCGGCAGAGUUCCACCUGGGCAAAUAUCCCAAAACACUCUCGAUUUCCUGUCUGAGCUGAAGAAACCAGAAUGUAAUGAUCGGGAAUGGUUCAAGCUUCACGAGCCCGUUUACCGCGUAGCAGAGAAAGAGUGGAAGGAUUUUGUCGAGCAUUUCACAGACGUGCUCGUCGACGUCGACCCUCAGAUUCCACAUCUUCCGCCGAAGGAUGUCAUUCACAGGAUAUACCGUGAUGUACGAUUUAGCAACGACAAGACACCGUAUAAGACUGGCUUCUCCGCGAGCUUUUCACGAAGCGGACGUAAGGGUAUAUUUGCCCAUUUCCAGCCAAAUGGAGAGAGCCUCAUGGCCGCCGGAUCCUGGUGUCCCGGUCGAAACGAGCUCGCAACAAUGCGAGCCAACCUCCAACGUUCAUCGCGACGUUUCCGCGAGAUCAUCUCCGCCCCCGAGUUCGAGGCGCUCUUCGGGCCUGCGAAGCCGCACCCGAAAGGCAAGCGCCAGAAUAUCUUUGGAGGAGAGGACGAGCUCAAGGUCGCGCCUAAAGGCGUCGACAAGACACACACGGAUAUCGAUAUCUUGAAGUGCCGCUCGUUUGCGGUCGUAUUCAAGUUCACGGACAAGCAGGUGCUGUCGCCUGACUUCAAGGAUGAGCUCGCAAGCGUCGCGAAGGUUAUGCGGCCGUUCGUGCAUUGUCUGAACGACCUCAUGACUUUGCAGGACGCCGGUAGCAGCGACGAGGAUGAUCAAGGGGCCGACGAGGACCAUUCGGAUGCAGGCGAUGCCGAGGAUGACUAA